GGCGGGCGGGGCGGGGCAUGGUAACGGCUCGGAAGCCGCGGGGGCUGGGCCGCAGCGAGGCGGGGAAUCGGCGUCCGCUGCCGCCGCCGCUCCAGCCUGCUCCGCGCGCCCCGCCUCGGCCAUGAUGAUCCACGGCUUCCAGAGCAGCCACCGGGACUUCUCCUUCGGGCCCUGGAAGCUGACGGCGACCAAGACCCACAUCAUGAAGUCGGCGGACGUGGAGAAGUUAGCUGAUGAAUUGCACAUGCCGUCUCUGCCUGAAAUGAUGUUCGGAGACAACGUUUUAAGAAUCCAGCAUGGUUCCGGCUUUGGGAUCGAGUUCAAUGCCACCGAUGCCUUGAGGUGUGUGAACAACUACCAAGGCGUGCUGAAAGUGGCCUGCGCGGACGAGUGGCAGGGGAGCAGGACGGAGGGUGAACACUCCAAGGAGGUUAUUAAACCGUACGAUUGGACCUUUACAACAGACUAUAAGGGAACAUUACUUGGAGAAUCACUCAAGUUAAAGGUUGUGCCCACAGCAGACCACAUAGACACAGAGAAGCUGAAAGCCAGAGAGCAGAUCAAGUUCUUUGAAGAAGUUUGCCUGUUUGAGGAUGAGCUUCAUGAUCACGGAGUUUCCAGCCUAAGUGUGAAAAUUAGAGUAAUGCCUUCCAGCUUUUUCCUGCUGUUGCGUUUUUUCUUGAGAAUAGAUGGAGUACUUAUCAGAAUGAAUGACACGAGACUUUACCACGAGGCUGACAAGACCUAUAUGUUACGAGAAUAUACAUCGCGAGAAAGCAGAAUUGCUAAUUUAAUGCAAGUCCCGCCCUCCCUCUUCACGGAGCCCAAUGAGAUAUCGCAGCACCUACCCAUCAAGGAGGCGGUCUGUGAGAAGCUGCUGUUCCCAGAGAGGAUGGACCAGAACACCGCCAACUUGCAAGCAGAUGCGCCCGUGGAGUAGACGUGACGCACCGCGUGCUCACCGUGGAGUCUGACGGAGACCCUGGCUAUGUGACGGGGGUAUUUUUAUUAUGAAAAUUAAUUGCCUUGUCUAUAUGCAGAUUUUCUGUAGCCUUAUAGGAAAAAAAG